UUAAUAUUUCAUCAUUGAUAUAUAAACUAUCAGACUGUGUGGUUUGGUAGUAGUAGGCCUUUAAGUUAAAAAAAAGUUAAAGUACCAAUGAUUGUCACACACGCACUAGGUGUGGUGAAAUUUGUCCUCUGCAUUUGACCCAUCCCCUUGUUCACCCCCUAGGACAGGGGUCGGCAAUCCAUCCAUCCAUCCAUCUUCUUCCGCUUAUCCGAUGUCAGGUCGCGGUGGCAGCAGCCUAAGCAGGGAAGCCCAGACUUCCUUCUCCCCAGCCACUUCGUCUAGCUCUUCCCGGGGGAUCCCGAGGCGUUCCCUGGCCAGCCAGGAGACAUACUCUUCCCAACGUGUCCUGGGUCUUCCCCGUGGCGUCCUACUGGUUGGACGUGGCCUAAACACCUCCCUAGGGAGGCGUUCGGGUGGCAUCCUGACCAAUGCCCGAACCACCUCAUUUGGCUCCUCUCGAUGUGAAGGAGCAGCGGCUUUACUUUGAGUUCCUCCCGGAUGACAGAGCUUAUCACCCUAUCUCUAAGGGAGAGACCGCCACACGGCGGAGGAAACUCAUUUCGGCCGCUUGUACCCGUGAUCUUAUCCUUUCGGUCAUGACCCAAAGGUGAGGAUGGGAAUGUAGAUCGACCGGUAAAUUGGGAGCUUUGCUUUCCGGCUCAGCGCCUUCUUCACCACAAAGGAUCGACACAGCGUCCUCAUAACUGAAGACGCUGCACCGAUCCGCCUGUCAAUCUCACGAUCCACUCUUCCCUCACUCGUGAACAAGACUCUAAGGUACUUAAACUACUCUACUUGGGGCAAGAUCUCCUCCCCAACCUGCAGAUGGCACUCCACGCUUUCCCGGGCGAGAACCAUGGACUCGGACUUGGAGGUGCUGAUUCUCAUCCCAGUCGCUUCACACUCGGCUGCGAACCCAUCCAGUGAGAGCUGAAGAUCCUGGCCAGUUGAAGACAUCGGGACCACAUCAUCUGCAAAAAGCAGUAACACCUUUUAAUACAGGAAAAUAAAACAUUGUACUUUAAUCAAGUGAUUCUUUAUCGUAGUACUGCCACCAGAGUCGGUUUCAGAAAGAAGACAAGUCUGGAGGAAAAAAGGUUGGCCAUCGACACUGGAGAGCCACCGACAUCUGUGUCUUGUGCAAGCCUACACUCCAAAGGAAUGAUGCCAGUUACAGUGCAGAGUCAUCAAUACUCCCAGAGAGAAGACUGAGAGGGAGAGGCUGGAUCCAAUCAAUAUGCCGUGGCAAGCAGAUGGCGGCCAGGCCAGGGCUGUAAUUUCUACAUCAAGGAGCGGAUGACGAGCAGGUGGAGCGGGAUAAAGCCGAGCGGAGGGAAUUAACCUGUGAGCUCACCUGAGAGGCAGCAUGCCCCAGUUGUCAGGAGGCGGUGGCGGCGGUGGAGGUGCUGGAGACCCGGAGCUGUGCGCCACGGAUGAAAUGAUCCCCUUCAAAGACGAAGGAGACCCGCACAAGGAGCAAAUCUUUGCCGAGCUCAGCAACUCCGAGGAGGAGGGAGACCUGGCAGACAUCAAGUCCUCGCUGGUCAAUGAGUCAGAGGGCAGCCCAAACAGCAACAGUCAUGAUGCGGUGAGACAGUCCCAAGACUCCUAUCAUGAAAAACACAGAGACCAUCCCGAUGACGGGAAGCAUCAGGACAUGUACAACAAAGGCCAUCCGUAUCCCAGCUACUCUAGCUACAUCAUGAUGAGCAACAUGAACGAUUCCUACAUGACCAAUGGCUCCCUCUCGCCGCCCAUGCCCAGAACGAAUAUGCUGUGGGCCAAUAAAAAAACGAGCUGCGGGCCGCAAAUGGCCCCGAGGCAGGACUUUGGACACUCCUGGUUAAGGUCCAACAAAGUACCUGUGGUGCAGCCGUCCCAUGCAGUCCAUCCGCUCACCCCGCUGAUUACAUACAGCGACGAGCACUUCGCUCCAGGUUCCCAUUCCGGCCAUCACCCCCAGGAUGCCAAACAACAAGGAAUGUCAAGGCAUCACCCGGGACCAGACAUGUCCAACUUCUACUCACUGUCUCCUGGAGGAGUCGGACAGAUCACACCGCCGCUGGGAUGGUUCUCCCACCACAUGGUCCCCGGACCGCCAGGUCCUCACGCCACAGGGAUCCCCCACCCAGCCAUUGUCAACCCCCAGGUCAAACACGAACCCCUGCACGAAACGGACAUCAUGCACAUGAAGCCCCCACACGAACAGAGAAAGGAGCAGGAGCCCAAAAGACCGCACAUCAAGAAGCCGCUAAACGCCUUCAUGCUUUACAUGAAAGAGAUGCGCGCCAACGUGGUCGCUGAGUGCACGCUGAAAGAGAGCGCCGCUAUCAAUCAGAUCCUGGGACGGAGGUGGCACGCUUUAUCUCGGGAAGAGCAAGCUAAGUAUUAUGAGUUAGCCCGCAAGGAACGGCAGCUCCACAUGCAGCUCUACCCAGGCUGGUCUGCUCGAGACAACUAUGGAAAGAAGAAGAAGCGGAAGCGGGAGAAGAUGCAGGAGUCUGCCACGGGUACAGGCCAGAGAAUGAAAACGGCGUACAUCUGAGACAAAAAUGGAGGAAAACGUAACAACGUCUCGACAUGCAAAGCCAAGGCAGCAGCUACGGGGCCUCUGCUGGAGAUGGAGGCCUGCUAAGAAUCCCCUAUUAUUAAUAUUAUUAUAAUUACUGGACCCCCCCCCCCCCUCCCCAACACUCGCUGGAAAGGUCAUCCCUUGCACUCCCCCUGCUGGAGAGACACGGAACUGAACACGACAAUCACCAUCAGAGCACGCUCUCACUCACACUCCAUUUAAGUUAUUGUAAGUUAUUUGUCACCUUUUGUGGACUUUGUAAGCACCCCCCCCCCCCCUACUUUCCUCCCACUGGAUUCUUGAGACCAUUUUUGGGGUUGAGAGCGACCAAACACCUCUUGUAAAUUGCACUAAGGAGCAUGGAGGGAUCUCAUCCACGUUUUUUAAGUUGGACCAGUCAAAAGGAUCAAUGUUAUCAUUUUUUGGAAUUUUUUUUUUUAGCCCUUCCUUUUUAAUGUCUUGGCGUGUUUUAUUUUUUUAAAUAAACAACGCAAAAUAUGAUAAGCUUUGGACACAGGAAAGCUAUUUUUUUUUCUCGUCGAAGCAUUGGUUUUUUUUUUUUUAUAACUUUGUAAGAAAAAGGUCAAAUGUAAAAUAAGUGUGUGUUUUUCAGGAUAUUGUCCAUUUCCUUGGUAUUUUUGCAGGCAGCAUUAUGACUACAUGCAGGUGAGGAGUGAGGCCUAUAUUUUAUUGUUGGACAAAACAGACAAAUGAAGCAGAUAUAUAUAUUUACCCCAGCACUUGGCAGUCUGUCUUUUAUUGCAAUGGACCUUUUUGUCUUGAUUUCUUCUUUUGGUAGCAAAUAGUGUGUUCUUUAUUUUGUUUUGUUUUAAACUCUUUUCUCCCCAUGCAAGCAUCUCUGUAAUAAUUUGAUUCUUCAUUUUACUAUCCCUCCAUGAUGAUGAUGAAUUACUCUUGUGUUGAUAUCAUUUCAGGUCACUGUUGUCUUGGGAGUAGCAUUUUGCUUCCCAAGUAGUCAUAUUUAAACUGUUUUCACAUGUUUUUUGUAAGAAAAUAAUAAAAAGGCACCAUUUGCUCAUUUGACAA